AUGUUAAGAAGUUUGUUCCUUCGUAUUGUUGAUGCAGUGAAAGAUCAUGACUACUACUUCCAACAACAAAGUGAUGGACUUGGUAGAAUGAGAUUAUUACCGUCACAGAAAGUAACAGUUAUUUUUCGCAUGUUAGCAUACGGUCUACCAGCUGAUGCUACGGACGAAUACGUUAAAAUAAGUAAGUCAACAGCAAUUGAAAGUAUGCCAAAAUUUUGUCAUGCUAUGGUGGAGAUAUUCGCAGAGCGGUAUCUACGAACACCUAACGCUAAUGAUAUUGCUAGGCUACUCUAUAUUGGUAAAAAACGUGAUUUUUCAGGAAUGUUAGGAAGUCUUGAUUGCACCAAUAAUGAUAUCAAUGUGCUGGAGUCAUCUAAUCUUUUCUCUAAUCUAGCUCAAUGUAUUGCUCCUCACGCUCACUAUGUUAUUCAAGGAAAAGAGUAUAAUAUGAGUUAUUAUUUAGAUGAUGAUAUAUAUCCAAAAUGGGCUACUAUUGUACAAACAAUCCAACAGCCACAAGGUAGGAAGAAAAAAUAUUUUGUCAUGAAACAGGAAGCAUGUAGAAAAGAUAUAAUUAAGGAUAAAGAUGCUCAUAUUGCGCUUCGUAAUGCAUUGAUAGAUCAUCUAUGGGAGGAAUACACUAAUUCAAAUAGUUAA